GUUCCUCUUCAACUACUACAUCCUCUAACGCCUCUUCAACGAUCAUCUAAGGAUUGCAGAGACUUGAUCACACAUCCCAACACCUGAGGAUGUGUGUCCAAACUUUUUUAAUCUUUGGAUUAAUUGUUGGAGUGUCGUUGGUAUUGGAGAGGAUCCCAAUCCGGAUCUCUUGGGUUUGUAAGUUAUAACCAAACAUGGGGCAACAUAGCAAAGACCACCUCAACUGGGCUAUUCCGGGCAAUGCAACCAAAUAAAAAUAUGAAAUUGCCAAAUUUACUCAAAAUACCCUUUUUGACUAGUUGUCCACCUCUCUCAGGCAGCCAUUGUUACAGUUCGGUUCUCAAGCCAGUUAGGAUCGUCCUGAAUUGGCAAAUGGAGGCUAUCUUGUAUUCUUUCUACGUUUCUUCUGCUUACUUAAGGCAUUGCAGAACCGGUAGUUCUUCUGAACCCACAAACCAUAUUCUACAAAUUAAAUCAAUCAAGUUCGAUUCCCGUCUACUCUCUUUGUCAUAUACGCAGAGAGCCCUUUUCAUCAGCAUCCAACUUGAAGGAUGAACAGAUCCUUCAGUGGCUUCUCAAGGUAGGACAAGAAGAACAGAGGCCAAAGAGAGCACCACUACUCAUAAAAAUAAACAAAGAGCUUCUUCAACAGUCCAAAAACCAGAUUCUAAGGAUCUGUUUCUGUAUAAAAGGGGUGGCAUUUAUCCGAGAUUAAAAUAAAUGAUGAAUGUGAGGAGAAUCCGGAUUUGACAUUCAGGGUUUCGUCGAUAGAGACAAUCCCAGGACAUGCUUUUAUGGCACCCUUAGCUUGAAGAAACUUGGAAGCUUUUGUAAGAGCAAUCAUAAUUGGCUGCAACAAGUGAUUAUAGAAGAAGAAGAGCUUCCUCAAGAAUUGGGUAUGGGUCACAAGGGGGACACAGCUCCCCAUGCAAACAAUAAGGUUCUACCAAUAUCUGCUCUUGCAAAUGAUCAAUGUGGUUCAACAGAGAAGAAAGGCAAGCCCAAAAGGGAUAAGACCAAAGCCAUUUUUAGAAUGAUGAAUCUGCUGAGAUGGGCUUCUUCUGCUAAGUCCGAGAAGGGAGGGAAGCACAUUAGUAGAAAGGUUUUGUACAUCCAAAACCAUGGCACUGUCAAGGAAGCAGCACAUCAUGAUGAUUCAAGCUUCAACUCUCCCAAGUGCAACUUCAGAUGGGAUGCAGAUAGAUGUUCCACCUCUUCCUGUGCUUACACUGGCUCGUCAUCUUCCACAGCAUCUUCUACAAGAACUGAUGAAAAGCAGAUCAAGCCCAUCAUUAAUUCUUCAGCCAAGGAUGUUUCGGCUCCAGAUUCCAAUGAAAAGAAAGCAACAACAUCUAGUCAAGACAGUGAACUUUGUACUUCUAGAAGAGGAAAUUGGAUCACUACAGAUGACCAAUUUGUGGUGCUAGAGUUCUCAAAAACAGAAAAAUAAAAAAUCUAAAGAAGAUGGUCCAUGGUUUCAUUAAUUGCUUCCCCAUCAGGUGCUAAAAGAGCAUUGUAACAGCUAAAAUGGCAUUGACUGUCAAGUGGGAAUCUUCAUUGUAACCUUUUGCAGGAUCAAAGAAUUAUAGAUGUAUACAGUUCAGAUGUCUUUAAAGUAUCCAUUGAAUGAACAGGGAGACAUGGUUUACAUUU